GCCCUGCAAAAAUAAGCAUAUUUUACAUUUUCUACAAGAGUUUAAUCAAAGGCUAACGUUAGGCCCGGCAGUGGUAAUAUAUUACAUGUUAGAUCUUGUUAAUUUAUCACGUAUUGUUGUUUUGCGCUAACAAAUUAAGUUUUUAAAUUACGAUACAAUAAUAUUAUAUAAAGUAUUGAAUAGUUGUUGUCUUGUAGUUUUCUAAAAGACUCGUUACAGUGAAGAUGAAAGUCGUGGCAACAUUAAUAUUCGUGUUAAUUUGUUCCAUUCUACAAACGAAAUGUGACGAUUGCAAUGAAUCACAAUCUGAGGCAAUGCGAAAUGGUAUUCUAUUAUUGACCCCACUUAUCGAAAAAGGGUGUACGGUCCUAGCUAAAUCGCUAGCUGCAGUAGAACCGCAACAUUUUUCUGGCCUCGAAAGUUAUUCUGGAUUCAUAACGGUGAAGGAGAAGUAUUUUUCGAACCUGUUCUUUUGGUUCUUCCCGAAACAAAAUAGAACAGAGAACAGUCCAUGGAUUAUUUGGCUUCAAGGAGGCCCCGGGUUUAGUUCCAUGGUGGGAUUGUUCGAUAUCAUGGGGCCUUUGGAGAUGCAAGAUAAUCAAGUGAAAUUGAGAAAUGUUACUUGGGCCAGCAACUAUUCUUUGCUGUUUAUCGACAACCCAGUCGGCGCAGGAUUCAGCUUCACAGCCGACGACCGCGGAUACACCACUAAUGAAGAUGCUGUGGGAGGUCAACUGUACACAUUCCUGCAGCAGUUCCUGGACGUGUUCCCGGAGUUCCGAAAGGCGCCAUUGUUCGUGGCGGGCCAGUCGUACGCGGGCAAGUACGUGCCGGCCCUGGCGAUACAGAUACACAGACACAGGAAUGAUCAGAAGCCUGUUCGUUUAGGGGGUUGUAUAAUGGGGAACGCUCUGAUAGAUCCUCGCAAUAUGAUGGCGUACAGCAGUUUAUGCGGAGAACUAGGCUUAGUCACAGAGUACCACUUGGAAGAACUUGAGAAACUUGAGCAAAGUGUUGUUCAGCUUAUAGACGAGCAGAGAAUGAUUGAUGCUUCCAAUAAAUUCAAUGAAACAAUAGAAUACAUAAAGGAGAUUAGUGGAGUGAACAUAUACAACUUUUUGAAAGACCCGUCAUUUGGCGCGCCGCAGUUUGAACAUUUUAUCCAGAGAGCUGACGUGAGGAGCUGGAUCCACGUGGGAGACACCAGGUUUGUGCUCAACAACCAGCUGGUGUACCAGAAGAUGUUGCCGGAUAUCAUGAACUCGACCAGGCCUUUCGUUGAAGAGCUAUUGGAGUUUUAUCCUAUCUUGGUUUAUAGUGGACAACUGGACUUGAUCAUACCAUACAGUCUGACGAAGCGCAGCCACGACAUGUUCCGAUGGUCGGGCAGCAAGGAAUUCCGCAUGGCGAGACGAAGGUUGUUAAAAAGAUCCGGUCGUGUUGAAGCGUAUAAGAAAAGUGGUGGUAACUUGGAGGAGGUCUUGAUAAGGGGCGGAGGCCAUAUGGUGGCAGUGGAAAACCCAAGUGUCACCAAAUUCGUCGUAGACCAGUUCAUCAAUAGCACGUUGCAUAACGUAAAAGACCUGCAGGGAACAGAGCUGAUUUAGACCAGUUUAUGCCCAGGAGUAAACCCAUCGAUUAGUUAGGUUGACUCCGGACAAAAAGGUUUAUGCCCAUUAUACCCGGGUGUCAACCCAUCUGUUUGGGAAUUGAUAAAUUGAAAGGGCUUCGCUUCACAAACUGUGAAUGUCGAUAACCAUUUGUGUUAAGAAUUUUUUAAGUGUAGUGGGCAACUAGUAUGCGAUUUGUCUGAUGGAGCAAUAACUGCAGUGUAUAGUUGGAUAUUAGGCCGCCUUCACACUAGUAUUUAUUUCGUAAAUUUUGUAACUAACAGACUGUCCAAAUUUGGUUUGAAGCAAUUACUUUAGUUACAAAGAAUGUUAAACUUGCUAAAGUUGCUCAAAGACAAAAACACACACAAAAAGCAACUAGUGUAAAAGGGGCGUUAGGGUCGGCGAAAAAAAUUUAACAAGAAAUCCAGACUUACCUAUUUCAGUUGUGUACUAUGUAAAGGAAUUUUAAUUAAACUACAUACUUCGUACUCUA